AUAACAGGGGAUUGCCUAUGUCCCUAAGCGACGAUAAUUACUGACUAUUUGGCAGGCCUCUUGUGCCUAUAAUGGCAAUAAAAAAUAGUAAACAUAACAUUUAAGCAUCCUUAGGAUAUCACAACAAAUCCAAAAAGUUCAGUUCAAAUAAUGUCAAUAUUUUUAUGUUUAACAACCUGUCAGAUGUGAUUGAUGUUUUAACAUAAAUCUUUAGGAAUAAAUUAUAUUUAAAAAAUUUCGUGUGACCAAAUUCGCAAACGCAUAUAAAACAACAUAAACAUGUCUAAAAAUUCCUCAGCAACGGUCUCAUUAAAGAAAUCAUCUACAAAACGUCCUAGAGAAUUAGGUGAAAAGGUAGUUGAUCACCCACAAAUAGCCUUGGCUGCAAUAACAUCCUACAAAAAACAGAUCGAAAUAAGUGAAUUCAUAAACUUCCUUUUAGAAGCACUGGAGCGUAAUGCCGUAUGGCUGAAUACUCUAGUUGGGAACCAGAACAAUUUCAAAUGUGCCUUAAUGGUUGGAGCUGGCCCGAACCGAUUCCAGAUCCAAGAAAUCAUUUACCCAGCACGGAAUAACAAUGUAAAAUUAGAAGUCGAGCUGAAAGACUCUGAAGAUCACGACAAAAUAGCAGUGGCCGCAGUCUUGCAACUUAGCAAUGCAGACAUUACCAAUCUUUUAAAGUACAUCAAGACCCGCCUGUUCGAGAAUUCGAUGUUGAAAGACGAUCUUCUAAAAGGCAAAUCGAUGGGAGUAGGUUUCGCCUUAUUGAGACCUUUUAACGAUAAGCAAUAUCGUGUAAUGGAAAGAAUUGUUAUCAGCAGCCCUACUAAAUGCCUAACGACAGUCAAGAAACGUAAAGACGAGAAAAUAUUCAAUGCACCGCCUAUAAAGCGUACAAAAAAGAUCCUUACUUAAAAUUACGAAACUAGAGAUUUUAACACAAACAGUUUGUGCAUAAAAUGGAAUAUCGUUAUGGUGCACCACGGGGUCAUGUACGGCUUAAUGGACGCAAUUUGGACUGAUUGUGAAACGGAGCUCAAUAGUAAAUUAUACUCAUUUUUGCAAUGAUCGUUUCCGAUUACCUAUGAUGGAUAGGGCGCAUUAGCGGUGAUGCGGCCACUGAAUAUAAACUGACAAUGUUAUUUUCGUUACGGUUUUUAAUUCUUAAAUUGUGUUUUAAGUUUCGAAUAGUUUUGUGAAGCGACUUAUAAAAAAUAUAUUAAAUAAUAGUA